AUGAGUGAACGAGAGGAUGAUUGCAGAGUCACUCGCUCGGUUGAAACUGAGGCGGCAGACGCGGAUAAGCCGCAAACGGCCGCUAGCAACCCCGCUGGGCAGCUACAAUCACAAUCAAGCUUCUUCUCCGCUCUGCCCCUCGAGAUCCGCCAAAACAUAUAUAGCCAUUUAUGGCAAGCUACUGGAUCAACUCAGCACGUUUAUAGAUCUGGCCCCUCCACUCUAGCGCCUCUGUCUCACUGCCAGUGUAUCGCGGACCUGGACGCCGAGGACAACCGUGAAGUCGAGCUAACCCGCGUUCUCAAUACGCCGCCUGCAGCCCCAUCCACGACAGAGGGCGGCGUGGGCCCGGAUUCGGCGGAAGAAAUGGAUGCGAUCAACAACUGGCGCUUUCGCCUCGUCUCAUCAUGGUGUAACCACUGGACUUGCGAAGAAGAGCCACCGGUUCUGCGAGAAUUUGGCCAACUCUCGUUAGAAGAUGAGGCUGAGGAGGAAAAGGCAAAGGAUGGCUCCAAGGGGAAGAAGCGUCAGCUUCUCGUCAAAGAGUUCAGCCCGUUCCUGGCCGUUCUUCUCACGUGCAAGCGCAUGCAUGAAGAAGCCAUGGAUUCCAUCUACAACGACACAACCUUCUCCCUCAUCAACACAGAUGCGUUCAGCCGCUUUCUCCAGACCACGACUGUGCGCUCUCUUUCCCGGAUCAAGAGGCUUCACUUUACAUGGCGAGCUCCCAUAGAGACGUACAUGGAACCCGAAGCUGAAGACGUCAUUGCGGAAAGAAUCAAGUGGAACGAGGUGUGGAUGGAUGCGGCAUCGAAGCUCCCUCGCCUGAAGGAGCUACGAAUCUGGGCCUACCCAUACUACGCCAGAUUUCCGACCCCUUUUGAAGAGUGGUUCGAGCCGCUCCAUCAGUUUGGAAGAGUGCCUGUUUUCCACGUAUCGUUACGCUGGUUCCAGAAUCCGCCGACGCCGGAUACCGGCCCGCUAGAUUUUCUAGAGGCCGCCCCAUUCGAGUAUGACAGGAUACCGCCGUGUGAAGAGAAUCCUCUUCACUUUCAUUGGCGCCGUUUGAUUGGCCUGGGGCCAGAUGAGCCACGGGUACCGAUUACUCGGCGGCAGAAGAAGAAGCGGAGAUAUCUGGGAAGAGCUCUUUAG